AAGAUGGAGGCAUGGCGGGUGGCGAGACUGCAGCUCCCAGCAUGCCUUGCAACUGGGCCGGGAGCCGGGACUUCGAGUGAUGGGGGCCCCGUGGUGUCUUAGGCCACCGAGUGGGUCGUAAAGGUUCAGGUGGAGGCCUGGGCCUGGAAUUGGACGACGGCUGAGGGAGAAGAUGGAAGCCUGGCGGUGUGUGAGGAGGGGCUACGGCCGCUGUGUGGUGGGGAGAGGCCGAUACCCCAUGUUUUCCCAUCACCAGAAGAGUCUGGGCAGAGAUUGGACUACACCGUGGGAGAAUCCGCAAAGUUGCUGGAACAGACAUAUUUCUAGUUGUAUGAGGUGGCCUGGACAUUAUUCUCGUGCUCCUUACCCAUACUUCAGUAGUAGGCAUUUUUCACUAAAUUGGAGACCACCUUGUUUAUUUGAGUCUAGAACUCAGUUUCAGUACAGUAACUGGAGACCUGACAACCUGAGCCAGACCUCUUUGAUUCAUCUCUCUAGUUACAUCAUGAACUCUGAGGGAGAUGAGCCUUCAUCAAAACGAAGAAAACACCAAGGAAUGAUUAAAAGGAAUUGGGAAUAUAUAUGUAACCAUAAGAAAGAAAAAACGAAGAUCCUAGGAGAGGAAAAUGUUGACCCCCAAUGUGAAGACAAUGAGAACAAGUUUGACUUUUCAGUGAUGUCCUAUAAUAUACUUUCACAAGAUUUAUUGGAAGAUAAUUCACACCUUUAUAGACACUGUCGACGACCAGUAUUGCAUUGGAGUUUUAGGUUUCCCAAUAUUCUGAAAGAAAUUAAACACUUUGAUGCAGAUGUACUGUGUUUACAAGAAGUUCAAGAAGAUCAUUAUGGAACAGAAAUCAGGCCAAGUUUGGAAUCACUGGGUUAUCACUGUGAAUAUAAGAUGCGAACUGGAAGGAAACCUGAUGGCUGUGCCAUUUGCUUCAAGCAUUCCAAAUUUUCUCUCUUAUCAGUGAAUCCAGUGGAAUUCUUCCGCCCUGAUAUUCCUCUGUUGGACAGAGACAAUAUUGGAUUAGUUUUACUCUUGCAGCCCAAAACAUGUGCUGCCUCUCCUGCGAUCUGUGUAGCUAAUACACAUCUAUUAUAUAAUCCAAGGAGAGGUGAUAUUAAACUGACCCAAUUGGCAAUGCUGCUGGCAGAGAUUUCCAGUGUUGCCCAUCAGAAAGAUGGCAGCUUCUGUCCUAUUGUUAUGUGCGGUGACUUUAAUUCUGUUCCUGGUUCUCCACUCUAUAGUUAUAAGGAAGGAAAAUUGAAUUAUGAAGGACUUGCCAUAGGAAAGGUAAGUGCUUACUUUACUUCUUCACGGGGACAAAGAAUUUUAUCUAUUCCAAUUUGGCCCCCAAACCUAGGUAUCUCACAGAACUGUGUGUAUGAGGUACAGCAGGUUCCAAAAGUAAGAAAAGACAGUGAUCCUACACAAACACAGCUGGAGAAAACAGAGGUCCUAGUAACAGCUGAAAAAUUAUCUUCAAACCUACAGCACCAUUUCAGUUUGUCAUCUGUUUAUUCACAUUUCUUUCCUGACACUGGAAUUCCAGAAGUGACCACUUGUCAUUUCCCGAGUGCCAUAACUGUGGAUUAUAUUUUCUACUCUGCAGAAAAGGAAGAUGUUGCUGGGCACCCAGGAGCUGGAGUUGCUUUGGUUGGUGGCUUGAAACUUCUAGCUAGACUGUCACUUCUUACAGAACAAGACUUGUGGACUGUUAAUGGACUUCCAAAUGAGAAUAACUCUUCAGAUCAUCUGCCUUUAUUGGCUAAAUUCAGACUUGAGCUCUGAUUCUUCUUUGAUUAUAUACAUAAUUUUCUUUCCACUUUAUAUUCUUUUUCAAAGACUGUAAAGUUGUUCUUAAACUUUUGCAUGUUUAUUUUUGUGCUGUGGAGUUUCUGAAGAGGUUGAGUGCUUGAAACAGAUAUCAGAAGAAACAAGUUUACAACAAUUUUCUUUUUUAAUAAUGAAAAAUAUUUUCCUGAUAAUUGAGGUGUAAAUACUCUUAUUAUAAAAGACAUGUAAAUAUUUUUUAUUCUAAACCUUAGUAAAGCUGACAGUGUUUUUAAAAUAUGUGCAUCUUCUUUAGUCUGCUUAGUGAAGAAUUUCAUGUUUUGUCAAGCUUUAAGUGGAUCCAAAAUAUCUAUGAGUUCUUGCAAACCACAAUUUGUUUCUUGUCCGGGUGGCAUGAUUUCUUGGCAGAACCCUGUGUGUUUGAGUCCCAAUUGGUUGUCUCAGAAAUCAUUAGGUUAUUCACAGGUAUCCAGCCUACCAUUUAGUUUUCGAAGGGGGCUUGAUAAUCUUUUAAAUUGUACAGAAUGCUUAAUCCUUCUUAUUAUUGUCCUGAGCCAUGUGAUAUGCCUGCAGUUUUGGGAAAAUGUUUGGGAAAUGUAGGUUACUAUAAGAGGAUGAAGUCUUUUGGAUAAAUCCACUCUUUCCACCCAUAACAGACAUAGGCGGACCUAAAAGUAAUAGACUUGAGUUAUGCCUUUGUUUACCUAGUAUUUUUUUUUUUUCUGUUUAGUUUUAAGAAAAGAUUUGUGGGGUUGGGUGCAAUGGUGUACACCUGUAAUCCCAGCAAAUCGGGAGGCUGAGGCAGGAGGAUUGCAAGUUUAAGGCCUCAUCAGUUUAGCAAGGCGCUAAGUAACUAAGCAAGAACCUGCCUCAAAAUUACAAUUUAAAAAGCAGGGGGGCUAAGAUUGUGGCUCUGGUAGAGCAUUUGCCUAGCAUGUGUUAGGCAUUGGGUUUGAUUCUCAGCACCACAUAAAAAAAUAAAAAUAGUGUGUCCAUUUACUGCUAAGAAAUAUUUUUUAAAAAAUUUAAAAAGCAGGGGCUGGGGAUAUAGGUUAGUGGUAAAGUGCCCCUGGGUUCAGUCCCCGGUGUCUUCCAUCAUCCCCCCAAAAAAGAAAAGAAAAGAUCCCUGAGUUAGGGGAGAUAUUCUCUUUUACUGAACCAAUUCUGUAGAAGUAUAUUUUAUUAGGAAAAUCAUCAAAACAAAAUGCAGUUAUAAGCAUUCUUUGUGUUAUGCCUCAGAAUCUAAGAACAUUGUAAAACUCUGGGGGGAGAUACCAACUUGGAGACCCAUUCUCUAGAAGUCUUUUAAACUACCAUUGGUUUUAGUGGUUUAUUUUUAUUUUUUAGGUACCAGGAUUAAACCCAGAAUGCUUACCAUUGGGCCACAUCUCCAGCCUUUUAAUAUUUAUUUAGAGACAGGGUCUUGCUGAGUU